UUUUCGUUUUUUUAUCUUUCAAAAUGUUAACAUAUUUUGAGGGAGAGAUAGACGUAUUUUAGUUGUUUGUUUCAUUUUAUUUUUCGGCAAAUCAUUCGUAUUCAGAUCGUGGUGGCAGUGAAAUGGAUUUAUUUAGCAAUUUUACUGAACAAAUUUCUCUCCUGACCGAAAAAGUUCCCCUAGAGAAUUAUAUUUUUGGAGCUGCAGCUAUCGCAAUGUGUUUCUACUGCUGUAAGAGGUAUUUUGAAGGUGGUCAGUUCCAAAAGGAUCAUCUGAAAAUGGACGGAAAAGUGGUCAUAAUUACUGGAGCUAAUACAGGAAUUGGGAAGGAGACAGCCCUCGAUUUGGCCAGAAGAAAUGCCAAGAUUUAUCUGGCAUGUCGUGACUACGAUCGCUGUGAAUUAGCUCGUAAGGAAAUUGUCCAAGCAACAGGGAACACAAAAAUCUACAAUAGACACCUUGAUCUUAAUACUCUGGAUUCUGUCCGGGAAUUUAUUAAAGAGUUUUCUAAGGAAGAGAAGCAUCUGGACGUGCUGAUCAACAACGCUGGAGUACUCUAUCUUCCACACUCGAUAACUAAAGAUGGUUGUGAAACUACCCUCCAGGUCAAUCAUUUAAGUCAUUUUCUCUUAUCUCAUCUUCUGCUUGAUCAUCUUAAGAGGGCUCCUCAAGGAAGGAUCGUGAAUGUGUCUAGCAUUGGUUACGUUUCUGGAAAAAUUAAAAAGGACGAUCUUCAUCUACAGAAGAAAUUUGAUAAGAUGCAGGCUUAUUAUAAUUCAAAACUUGCUCAAGUCCUUACAACGCAAAGAUUUGCUAAAGAAUUGAAAGGAACCAAUGUUACUGUCAAUAGUCUGCAUCCUGGAGUUAUUAAGACAGACAUUGGAAGAAAUGUCCCAAAGGCUCUUAUGUGGGUAUUUUCAGUUUUUACAAUUUUUACUAAAUCCGUCAAAUCAGGAGCUCAAACGACGAUUCGUUUAGCUGUUGAUCCUGAUUUAUCAACGGUUUCUGGGAAAUACUUCAGUGACUGUGAAGAAGUUCCAGACAAGAAAUUGAAAGGACAAGGAAGAGAUGAAGAUAUUAGAGAUUUUAUCUGGAACGAGAGUAUUCGCCUGGCCAAAAUUCGAAGUGAUUUCCGUUACAAAUAAUUUUAUACGAUUUAUAAUUGUAUUUAAAUAUGGGUACAGUGAAAUUUUAUGAAAAGUCAACAAGGAUUGAAGAAUGUAUUUUCAAAUCAGACUAGAGUUAAAGGAAUACCUAUAUUGGUACUUUAAGAAUUUGUCUUAUGAUGACCCAUAGGAAGUUUUUUGGUACUAUUUGGG